CUCAGCCCCGUCCCCCACUCGCCUGGGAGGAAGAGGAGGCAGCCUCAUGGCUGGGGGGUGGACGAGCAGAGUGACAAAGCAAAUGACACCGGCCAGGCGAGAGAAGCAACGGGCCUUUGACAUCAGGACAGGCUGUGCUCAGCACUUCCCCAAAUGCACCCAGAAAUCAUCUUAAUAUCAAUGUUGUAACAAAACAUGGGGAGGUAUUUCCGCCUGAGGCAAGACCUCAGGCACUUCCUCCAGCCGUGCCACUGCCAGGCAGGAGGGACCACACGGCAGACACACAGGGGCAGACAGGGUGGGCAGCCCCCAGCAAUGCCCCUUCCCUGGGCCUGAGCGUGGCCAUGGAGCUGAGAGCCCUCCUGCUGCUGCUGCUCUGCUUCCCAGGUCUCCAAGCCCAAGCACCUCCUGCUGAGGAGAGACGACGGGAAGGGGACACUCUGUAUGUCCAGUGUCCUUACACAGACAAGACUUCUGGUAAUCAGUGGAAACGCUGGUGCCGCCUGAUAAAUGACCAAUGCUAUGACUUAUGGGCAAGCACCCAGCACUCGAGCCAAAGCACAGAGAGAAUUACAAUAAAGGAUUACCCCGCUGCUAAGAUCGUCUCUGUCACCAUGACUGACCUCAAGGCAGAGGACUCAGGCACAUACGCCUGUGAAAGUUCCUCUAGCAGUUCUCCACUGAAGAGGAUCUCACUGAACGUUUUCAAGGAGGUGCUCCAGUGGGAGUUGGACACUCUGCGGGUGCAGUGCCCGUACAGCACAACCUGGUGCCGGAGAGAAGGGCAGACUGAGUGCAGAGUCAUGGCGAGCACAGAUUCCCGUUCAACACGGAGCAACAGCAGAGCUCCACACGACAGAACAUCGCUGAUGUACAACCACCUGAAUACUCUCGUCACCAUGAGGAGGCUGCAGGCCCGGGACACCGGCACGUACUGGUGUGCACUGAGCUCCGGCCGCACCCGAGUAAUGGAGGUCGUGCUCUCUGUCUUCAAGAGGACCCAGCAGUACACAGCCAAGGAGUCAGGCAACAUCUCUGUCCAGUGUCAGUACAAGAACACGGACUAUGGGGCUGUGAGCAAAGCCUGGUGCAAAGAGGAAGCAGGGACAUCAUGUGAGAUCCUGGUCACCACAAGCUCAGGGCCUUCAGGGAACCAAAGGACAUCUCAGGAUGGCAGAGUCAGGAUCCAGGACAACACUCAGCAGGGGAUUGUCACCAUCACCAUGGAGCAGCUGCAGGCCCAGGACUCUGGCGUGUACUGGUGUGCGCUCCAUGAAAGCUCUGGUCUCUCCCGGAUGGAGGAGGUCACACUCGAGGUUUCCGAGGCUUUGUCAGACACCGAAGGCUCAAGUCAAGCAACUCCUUUGGGCAACAGCCCAGCACCCAGCUCAAAUGUCAACACCUUCAUCCUACUGUCUGUGGUGCUGAGCAUCCUGCUCAUCCUGGCUCUCGUCACCUCGGUAGCGCUGUGUGUCAGGCUGCAAAAGCUCCUGGAGAGAACAGGUAACCGAGGAGCAGAGGACACCUAUGACAAUUCAGAGGGCACAGCACAGCUUGGCAGCACCGAAAGAAGAGAAAGUUCCAAGGACGACACCAAGGGCCUAAACCACAAUAACCUGGACUUGCAAUCCCGGCCCAGCUCUGAGGGUCCUCUUUACUGCAAUAUUGAACCCAGCCAGGCUCACAGGAAGCCCCAAGGGGAAAAUGUGGAAUAUGCUGUCAUUGCAUUCAACCAGUUCCCAAGGAAUGAUGCAGGAUGAAGCACAGAGUCCCCAAACAAUCCAGAAAUGGGAGAAACAAGCUGGAAUACGAAGUGGGAAUGAGGAGUAGGAGGUGUGUGGAUGGACACUGGGGAGGAGCUGAGGUUUGCUGCCAUGUGUGUGUUGCCUGUGCGUUUUCUGACCUCCCUGCUGUUAAUGGCCAGUAGAGGCUUUGCCACACUUGUGGCAGAUUGUCUCGGGUCAGACAGAGGUGUGGGGUUAUUCCCAGGAUACCUUGUACAUCUGUUUUUCCAGUUCCAUUAAAAUGCAGACUCUUGGA